GAUUUGUACAGAACAGGGCUACACUGAGUCUCAAUGGACUAACAUUCAGUUCUGAAAUUCCUUUUCGGAGUCGGAGCAUAUGGCACACAAGUGGUGGAGCGAUUGUCCUCAGAGUAUAGCAUCUAUCAUGCGAUGCUUCUUCGCUUUGCUCAUCUUCUUCGGUGCAGCGAGGUCACAGGUCAAUCCGGCUACAUGCAGGUAUCCACUGGGGAUGACUGGAGGCAAGAUUCAAGAUGAGGACAUUUCAGCAUCCAGCCAAUGGUCGGAGUCGACUGCAGCUAGAUAUGGCAGACUGGAUUUUGAUGAUGGAGAUGGCGCAUGGUGUCCAGAGGCAAAUAGUCCCCGGAGACGAAUGGAGUUCCUGCAGAUCGAUCUACGCAUUCUGCACUUUGUCACCCUGGUGGGCACACAGGGGCGUCACGCAGACGGCGCGGGCAACGAGUUUGCACAACGUUACCAGAUUAAAUACAGCCGUGAUGGCUCACGCUGGAUCUCCUGGCACAACCGUAAGGGCAGUCAGAUUAUCGAAGGCAACAAGAAUGCAUACGACAUAGUGCUGAAGGACCUGGAGCCUCCGAUCAUCGCCCGCUUUGUGCGAUUCAUGCCCGUCACCGAUCCCACUGCAUCUGUGUGUAUGAGGGUGGAGCUGUAUGGAUGCGAGUGGCUAGAUGGCCUUGUGUCCUACAGCAGCCCUGCUGGUGAGGAGAUGACCUUUGGUGGAAAGCAAGUCUAUCUCAAUGACAGUGUGUACGAUGGAGCCGUUGGUUACAGCAUGGCAGAGGGUCUCGGGCAGUUGACCGAUGGAAGCUGGGGUCUGGACGAUUUUACUCAAAGCCAUGUUUAUGGCGUUUGGCCCGGGUAUGACUAUGUGGGCUGGAGCAACGCUACCUUUUCCAGCGGUUCUGUGGAAAUGACAUUUGAAUUUGACCGCAUCCGGAACUUUACAUCGAUGAAGGUUCACUGCAACAACAUGUACACAUUGGGGGUUAGAAUCUUCCAGAAAGUCGUGUGUUACUUCCACUCAGAAUCGGACUGGGAAGCCAAGCCUAUUACGUUCGAGCCCAAAAUGGACGGUUCAAGUCCCAGUGCUCGGUUUGUCACAGUGGCUCUGGGGCAUCGCAUGGCCGAUGCCAUUAGGUGUGAAUUUGCCUUUAGCGACACUUGGAUGAUGUUCAGUGAGGUUGCUUUCCAAACAGAUACUGCGAUGUAUAAUAGUUCUCUUGUUCCAACGAAACAUGGUCAUCCUACGAGCACACAGCCAGGACUCAAUCCCACCCAUAAGAUUGAUGACAGCAACACACGUAUCCUUAUAGCCUGCUUGGUGGCCAUCAUCGUCAUCCUGCUGGCCAUCAUUAUCAUUAUCCUCUGGAGACAGGUCUGGCAGAAGAUGCUAGAAAAAGCCUCACGACGGAUGUUGGAUGACGAGUUGAGGUCUCGUCUCUCGGGCCACAGGGAAACUUUUUCUCACCAUCAAUCGUCCGAAUCUAGUGAUUCUGAAUCGACCUGUACAUACGAGAGAGUUUUCCCACUGGGAUCCGAGUAUCAGGAGCCAUCUCGGUUACGGAAAUCACCAGAAUUUCGGGCAAUGGAAAAUCUUGCAGUCAUGUCUGACUCGUCUGACCGACAUACCCCCAGCACUAAAGAUGACAUCCCUCCCUAUGCAGAGGCAGAUGUAGCGAGGCAGCAGAACUCAACCAGCAGUCAUUGUUAUUCUGUUGCAGCAAUCAGCAUGCCUCCUGGACGAGACGAAGCACUAGAGGAAUUUCCCAGAGAGAAGCUGACAUUUAAAGACAAGCUUGGAGAAGGCCAGUUUGGAGAGGUUCACCUAUGUGAGGCCAAAUGUAUGAAGGAUUUCAUGAAGGAAUAUGGCAGUGAUAUCAGUGACGAGCCUAUCCUGGUAGCUGUAAAAAUCCUCCGAGAGGAUGCAACCAAAAACGCAAGGAAUGACUUUUUAAAGGAGAUCAGGAUUAUGUCAAGGUUAAGAGACCCCAACAUUAUUCGCCUGCUGGCUGUGUGUGUGGAAAACGAUCCCCUGUGUAUGAUCACAGAGUACAUGGAGAAUGGAGACCUCAACCAGUUCCUCUCUCACCUAGAGCUUGAAGAUUUGGUACAAGAGCAAGAGCAGACAGCCACCAUCAGUUACAGUGUCCUGAUCAGCAUGGCUGCCCAAAUCGCUUCGGGUAUGAAGUAUCUGUCUUCUCUUAAUUUUGUGCAUCGUGACUUGGCCACACGUAACUGCUUGGUGGGGACAAAUUACACCAUCAAGAUUGCAGACUUUGGCAUGAGCAGGAACCUGUACCGUGGCGAUUACUAUCUCAUCCAGGGCCGAGCCGUGCUCCCUAUUCGCUGGAUGUCCUGGGAAAGUGUCCUCCUGGGCAAAUUUACCAUGGCCAGUGAUGUGUGGGCCUUUGGCGUGACCCUCUGGGAAAUGCUUACUCUGUGCAAAGAGCAGCCAUUCUCACAUCUCUCGGACGAUCAAGUGAUCGAGAACAUGGGCGAGUUCUUUCGUGACCAGAAUAAGCAGGUGUACUUGCCGAAGCCUUUGUGUUGUCCCGAUGCCAUCUUCAGUCUCAUGCACAGCUGUUGGAGGAGAAACGCGAAAGAACGGCCGACGUUUGAGCAGAUCCACGCUGCUCUAACCGAAUGCCAGGCUGAUUGAGUGACGAUUCCGAAACGAAUAUGCAAUUCUGAACUUUUCCCCUCCAGCUUUGCAUCCUAGUCACAAUGUAUGGUAGGAAUGGUCAAGAAGUGCUGCAUGUAUAAAUAAUGUAUAUGAUUUUUGUAUGUAUGUUCUUCCUUCCUUCCUUCAUGAAUCUCCAUCACAUAUACACUUAUUAGAACUCUGACAUUAUUCUGUACAUUUCCUUUCAACCUUAAAUAGACAAUUAAACAGUCUUGACUUCUGAAUCUG